AUGACAAUGGGAGAAGAGUCCUUGACACAAGUCCCAUUUGACAGAACUGUUGAACAGGCAAUUGUGUCUAUAAAGAAAGGUGCAUAUUUACUUAAGUCUGGUCGUAGAGGAAAGCCAAAGCUCUGCCCUUUCAGACUUUCUCCGGAUGAGAGAAAUUUGAUUUGGUACUCAGGGCAGCAGGAAAAGCAUUUGCGAUUGAGUGCAGUUACAAAAAUUAUUCAAGGGCAAGGAAAUAUAAGGUCUCAGAAGCAAAAUGAACCUGAAAAAGAAUGCCAUUCAUUUUCACUAAUCUAUGCUAAUGGUGAACGCUCUAUUGAUCUGAUAUGCAAGGACAAAGCACAAGCUGCUACUUGGUUAGUUGGCUUAAGAGCUGUGAUUUCUAGGUGCCAGCAUCCUAGAGCUUUGAGUAGUUUAAGAAGCUGCAAAGGGGUGCAGAGUUGUGUUAGUAGUCCAGCUGGAAUUUUGCGGAGAAAGAAAAAUCUUGGCCUUCUAGAUGAUACCUCUCAGUUUACUCAGGUACAUAGCGUAUGUGCAAGUCCUUCUUUGUCACUUUCAGAAAGGUGCUUUUCUGACGGCUUGUCAUGUACAUCUGAUAACUUUUGUUCAUCAGCAUCUUUUCCCUCCAGCAUUAAUGGAAUAAUAGAUAAUUCAGUCCCAAGUUCUCCAUAUAUUGAUCCAGAUAUUGUUAGCAAGAUUGAAUCAACACACAUUGACAAGGAGUACAAGAAGGAUUUAUCCUGUAGGUCUCUGAUGCCUCCAACCUCCCCACGUGUAGGAAAUAACAAUGUGUUGAAGGAUGUAAUGGUAUGGGGUGGAGGGAUUGGAUGUCUGGUAGGGAUUGUGAAUGAAAGGUUUGUCCAACGUGGUGUUUAUUCCUUGGUGCCAAAGUUACUAGAAUCCACUAUGAUGUUAGAUGUACAAAAUAUAGCUUUAGGAGGAAAACAUGCUGCCUUAGUUACAAAACAAGGGGAAGUGUUUUGUUGGGGUCAAGGGAAGUGGGGAAGACUGGGGCAAAAAAUUGAUAUGGACAUUAGUUCCCCCAAAAUAGUUGAAUCUCUUAACGGUAUUCAAAUAAAACAAGUUGCCUGUGGUGAGUAUCAUACAUGUGGUUUGUCAGAUUCUGGUGAAGUAUAUACAUGGGGGAAUGAUGUUUGUUGUGCAGAUUUUGUUGAUGAAGGGAGAAUUAGAAGUCAAUGGAUACCACAUAAACUUUCUGGACCUUUAGAUGGUAUUAGUAUUUCAAGUGUUACUUGUGGUGAAUGGCACACUGCAAUUGUCUCUAGCUGUGGUCGGUUAUUUACAUAUGGAGAUGGUACAUUUGGAGUUCUUGGUCAUGGGGAUGUUCGGAGCUCUUCUAAACCAAAAGAAGUUGAAUCUCUUAAAGGUCUAAGGGUGAGGUCUGUUGCUUGUGGUUCAUGGCAUACAGCUGCUAUUGUCGAUGUCAUGUGUGACCGUUAUAGGUACAGUACUACUAGUGGUAAGCUGUUUACAUGGGGUGAUGGAGAUGAAGGGAGGCUUGGUCAUGCUGAUAAUGGAAGCAAGCUUGUACCAACAUGUGUUUCACAACUUGUUGACUAUGAUUUUGUUCAAGUAUCUUGUGGAAGAAUGUUGACUGUAGCACUUACUACUAUGGGUAAGGUCUUUGCAAUGGGAAGUGCAAAAUAUGGACAAUUGGGAAAUCCACAUGCUAGGGAUAAAGCAGCAGUUAUGGUUGAAGGACAGCUUAAACAAGAGUUUGUUAAAGCGAUAUCAUGUGGUUCAUAUCAUGUUGCUGUUUUGACUUCUACAAGGAGUGUGUAUACAUGGGGCAAAGGUGAAAAUGGACAACUGGGGCUAGGUGAUACUGAAGACAGAUACACACCUUCUUUUGUUGAGACUCUAAGGGACAGACAGGUAGAUACUAUAACUUGUGGACCAAGCUUCACAGCUGCAGUAUGUUUACACAAACCUAUUUCUAUUAGUGACCAAUCAACUUGUAGUGGUUGUAGGUUGCCAUUUGGGUUCACAAGGAAGAAGCAUCAUUGUUAUAACUGUGGUCUUUUGUUCUGCCGUUCUUGUAGUAGUAAAAAGGUUAUAAAUGCAUCUCUAGCCCCAAGUAAGAGUAAGGCCUUUCGGGUUUGUGAUCAGUGCUUUGAUAAACGGCAAGGAAGUACACAUUCAGUGAUGGGUUCAAAGUCCAAAAGUUACAAUACUCAGCAGAUAGUGAAGCAUCAGAAAAAAAUUUCUGAUUUGACUGAAGAUAGGGGUGAAACAACUGUGACACAGGGUCCUCUAUUGUCUCUCAGUCAAUCAUGUUACAGGAAAAGCAUGCCUAGUGGAAGGAAGGACUGGAAAAACCAACAAGAAAGCCAGCAUGGUUUAGAAGAUAGUUCUUCUAUGUUAGGUGGAGUUCCACAAUGGGGGCAAGUUCCAUGUCCUGCCCUAUUUAAAAUCAACUGUACAGAAAAUUCAGUUGUGCAUACAGAUACAACAAAGUCUGAUAAGAUGCUUUUAGAAGAAGUUAUGAGGCUGAGAGCUGAGGCUAGGAGACUUGAAGAGCAGUGUGAGCUCAAAAACCACAAAAUACAAGAAUGUCAACAAAAAGUUGAGGAGAGUUGGUUUGUGGCAAGGGAGGAAGCUGCUAAGUGCAAGGCAGCAAAAGAGGUCAUAAAAGCUUUGGCAUUAAGGCUUCAUACAAUAUCUGGAAAAGAGAAUGCUGGACAAGAAGGAAAGGUUGGGAUACAUGAAAGUCUGCCAAAUUUGGCACCCAUACAUACAGAUAUCAAUAGUCCAAGAGAUGGCAACAUGGACAGUCUUUCCAAUUCCCCUAUAGUAUUCUCUGACACAUUAAAAUCCAAAUUUGGGAGAAGUAUGUUACUCAAAAGUGAUAGAUUAUUGGAGAAUUCUAAUGCCACUAGAUCAGAAUCUCAACAAGAGACCAACGAAGGCUUGAAAGCCGAAUGUGUAGAACAGUAUGAGCCUGGUGUUUACAUCACAUUUACAACCUUGCCAUGUGGUAAAAAGGGCCUUAAGCGAGUGAGAUUUAGCCGGAGGAGAUUCUCACAGAAGGAAGCUGAAAGAUGGUGGGAAGAGAAUCAAGGCACAGUCUACCAUAAGUAUGAGAUUGAAGGAUACAUAAACACUAGCCAAAGUCAGGCUCUAGAUGAGAAGCUUGCUUCAAGAAAGAUGAAGGCAGUGCGCUUGGAUGGUGAAGAAGAAUUUAUUGAUUCUCAAAUUAUUGUGAUGCUAGGUUGGAAUAGGGCUGGAAAGACAACAAUUAUUCGAAUGCUGGAUGACUUAUUGAAACCUAACACCAUAGAAGGUAGAUCUAAUGUGGAGAUGUCUGAGUUUAAUGUUUCAUACAAGCCUCAUACGAUUAGCCCCAAGUUCCAAUCGACUAUACUUCUUAUUGAACGAUUAAUGGACCAAGAAGUUGUGAAUCUUUCUGGUGGAGUGUUGGAAAGAGUUGCCUUAUGUCUUUAUCUUGGAAAGCAUAUAGGUAUUUCAGGGAAAAAAGAACAAGGAUUUGACAGAGAAAAGCAUGAAAGAAAGCUGGGUUUCGAACCACUAUUUCCCGCGAUUAGCAUGAAGAUGGCGGGGAUCGCGCCACAAGACAGGAAGAAGGGUCAGAAACCACUGUAA